UGGAAUUUUCCAUCUGAUCCGCUCAUUAUAGCGCCGAGCCCGAUACAAUCUCCUCAGUCUCCCGGUGUCUCGUCCGUGUCUCACAGUCUCCCGGUGUCUCAGUCAGUCUCAUGGCCAACUACAUCCACGUCCCCUCCGGCUGUCCCCACGUGCCCAAGAUCGACUUCACCGUCAUCGACUCCGGAUACCGGGACGGGGCCCUGCGGCUGCUCCAACAGCUCAGGCCCAAAUGGAAACCGGAACACGUCACUACCCAGCUUUUCACAGACGGAAUAACCAACAAGCUGAUUGGCUGUUACAUGGGGGACACAAUGGAGGACGUGGUCCUGGUGAGAAUCUACGGCAACAAGACGGAACUGCUGGUGGACAGAGAGGAGGAGCUUAAGAGUUUCCGGGUGUUGCAGUCGCACGGCUGUGCCCCCCAACUGUACUGCACCUUUAAUAACGGCCUGUGCUACGAGUUUAUGCAGGGGGAGGCCCUCGACCCACAACAUGUCUGUAACCCCACAAUAUUCAGGCUAAUAGCCCGGCGACUGGCCAAGAUCCACGCUAUUCACGCCCACAACGGCUGGAUCCCCAAAUCCAAUUUAUGGGUUAAAAUGAGGAAAUAUUUCUCCCUGAUUCCUACAGAGUUUGAAAUGGAGGCGGUUAAUGGCAGGUACGAUGCCCUCAGGGUGCCAGUUCCGUGGUACACACUGUGCUUUCUGCCCUGCAACUCCCUGCAACUCCCUGCCUCCUCUCCGUUCUGCUCUCGGAUUGGCUACACAGGGUUCAAGCGGGAGGUCCCGAGCCCCCGGGUUCUGGAGGACGAGAUGUCGUGGAUGAAGGAGGUUCUGUCCAAUCUGCAGUCGCCGGUGGUUCUGUGUCACAACGACCUCCUGUGUAAAAACAUCAUUUACAAUGAAAAGAGAGGUUUGUGGGUUCCCCCCGUGGCGUCAUUUGUACCCCUGGCACCUCCCCCUAGGAGCACGAAUCCUGGAGACGUCCAGUUCAUCGACUACGAAUAUUCCGGCUACAACUACCAGGCCUACGACAUCGGCAACCACUUCAACGAGUUUGCAGGAGUGAGUGAGGUGGAUUAUUCGCUGUACCCCAGCCGGGAGUUGCAGUUCCAGUGGCUCGGGGCGUAUCUAGAAGCCUACAAGGAGCACAAGGGGUUAAACUCGGACGUCACCGAGAAGGAGGUGGAAGUUCUUUAUGUGCAAGUGAAUCAGUUUGCGCUGGCUUCUCAUUUCUUCUGGGGUCUCUGGGCCUUGAUUCAAGCGAAAUAUUCCAAAAUCGACUUUGACUUCUUGGGUUACGCCAUCGUGCGUCUCAACCAAUAUUUCAAAAUGAAGCCGGAGGUGACGGCGCUGACCCUCCCCGAGUAGCGACCCCCCCCUCCCCCUUCGUCCGAUUGGAUUUUCAGAAUCUCGUUCUGGGAAGAACAUGGGAGCGUCCGUCGUGCGGUUCAAUAUGAUGGUUUUUCUUUGAAACAUGCCUUUUAUAGAGCGAGCCUUUAACCACCCACUAACUGUCAGUUUUCCUGGAGCAAGAGGGGCGGGGCCGAGGCUCCUCCCUACUUUUAUCAUCGGAAAAGCAGAUUUUACUUCAAUUCAGCACCGACCCGCGUUCUGUGACGCCUGCCCCGGAGGAACCGCCGGAUUUCCGAGCCCCUCCCAUAUAUGCACAUUGGCCACGCCCCCUCUCCUUACAUUUCAAGCGGACUACUGUACGGGGUCCGGACCCCCUUCACUACGUGAAUAUAAUGUGAAUCUAUUUGUAACUGGAAUGAUCCGCAGCUCAGUGUAGCGCCCCCCAACUGUCAUUUGUUGCUCUGCGUGUAGCCACGCCCCCCAGAAGAUUCCAACUCACCCCAAUAAGACGGGGUACAACAUAUCCCCACGUGGGAGAAGCAGGGGGGGGAACACUUUGCCUUGAAUCCUUGUAGGUUUCACGUUAACCCUUUCCUUCCUGACGGUGCCUGGACCAGACUGUGCCCCCUGGGGGCUUGGUGGGGGGGGUUCCCCUUUCUUAUAUCAAUGAGUAACGGUGCAAUUAAAGGGAAAGGGACAUUUAU